GCAGGUGCAGGUGCAGUUCAAUCAUGUCAUGGUGGAGGUCUCGGUUGGUUCCUCUCCUCUGGCAUUUGCAUGUGCCCCUAACCAAAAGGCCCACUUGCCAACUUUCUUCCACUGCAUUUCAUUCCAUUCCAUGUUUCUCCUUUAAGUUAAGCUGUUUAAGCUUGAAUUAAUGUGAGAAAAAAAGCCCCCGUCCACAACCACCAAAGACACGAGAUCGAUGACCACUACUAGUCCAGCACCUUGCAGCAGCAGCACCACCACCACCAGCAGCCGUUCCUGGUCCAUAAGUGAGGACUCGCUUAAAAGGUAUGUGCAGUUUGCAAGCGAAAGCUGCAUUCAAGAAUUACUGUCUGCUUCCGACUCCAACAGACCCAACGACGGCUGGAAACCCCUCCUUACUCUUGGCAACGGAGUUGAGAUCUCCAAACGCAGGUCUGGAUCCUUUCACACCUUCCGCAGCCGCUGCCUCCUCACUUCUCUGUCACCCCAGCAAUUCAUUACCGUUGCAAACGCCAUUGAUGCUGCCAAGCAAUGGGAUCCUCAUCUUGUAGAAGCAAGGUACAUAAAAGAUCUUGGAGAUAACCUCAGCAUCAUCCGUCUCAGGUUUGGAGAUCAUUCAAAGCCCCUCUUUCGAAACAGAGAAUUCGUAGUCUACGAGCGACGUGAAACCAUGGAAGAUGGCACACUGGUGGUAGCAGUUGCUUCACUUCCAAAGGAGAUAGCUGCCGGAUUGGAACCAAAGCAAAAUAACGCCAUCAGGGGCCUGCUGCUGCAAUCAGGAUGGGUUGUUGAUAAGCUUCAAGGUCACUCCUGCAUGGUUACCUAUGUUGUUCAGGUUUUCUUGUCAUUGUUGAAUGAAAAUGCAGUUAGAUCCUGCCGGAUGGAUGCCGAGGUGCUUUGUCAAUCGACAUAACAACAGACUCGUUAUGAUCAUUGAAAAUCUAAAGAAACUGGCACAAGCCUCUCCUCCUACUGAUGCCCAAACAUCCUGAGAUCACUACUACCUACAUUGUACAAACUACAAAGCGGAGGAGAAACUUAAUCUCCCCUAGUUAUCCUUUAUUUUUUGGCAUACCCUAAUUAUCCUAGUUAAUAAUUAUGACGAUGCCAAUUCUCUGAUCCA